CGUAAUAUUAAUUCACAGAUAGUCGCAUCUAAACAGCCCAGUGUUUUCUUUCCCACUUCACUUGCCUCCAAGCGAGUCCUGUGAGCCGGGUGACGUCAUGCUGGCACACAGAAGUUGGGAGUAGAAAGCAUGGAAAAGCUAAGUGGGUGAAGCAAGCGGAAUUCUCCACCCUCCGCCUUUUCUGACACUUCUCGUAAAUAUUACAGUUAAGAAGAGCCUUGUUUUGUUGUUGGUUUAGACUGGACUCGCUGGGUAGUCCGUCUGUUCAGGAGCGCCGAUCCGGCAUUUUUCUAAACAACUUUGUGCGCGGUGUUGAGCUCCGAGCAACGGUGGAGCUGUUGCCACUCGCCGCUUGUAGACGGAUCUCUAUCCGGUUUUCGCGCUACUGGCCACACUGCCUGGACCUUGUGUGACUCAACGUCCAAGAUUUGCAAAUACUCCAUAAUCCAUCUUGGUAACUAGAAUUUGGUAAUCCUUGGAAAAUAUCAAAUUGGGCGACAUUACAGAAAUCGAAUUGUUUUAAGGAAAACUGUAGGCUAUAUUUCAUUUUUUGAUAUUCUUCAGCUGUUACUUUUGCACCGACAGUGGAUUUUGAUUGUUAAAAUAUAAAACAGUGUAGAACGACACUGUCCACGAUGAGCAAAGCCACCUGUUCAACAAGUGGGUGUUUGGAUAUUCUGAAUGUUAAAUCAAGUCGUAUCUUGGAUAUCCCGUGUAAAGUGUGUGGGGACCGGAGCUCUGGGAAACACUAUGGCGUGUAUGCGUGUGACGGCUGCUCUGGCUUCUUCAAGAGGAGCAUCCGUAGAAACAGAACAUACGUCUGUAAAUCAGGCUGUCAGGGAGGAUGCCCCGUGGACAAAACGCACAGAAACCAAUGCCGAGCGUGCCGCUUGAAAAAGUGUCUCGAAGUGAACAUGAAUAAAGAUGCCGUUCAGCACGAGAGGGGUCCCAGGACGUCCACCAUACGCAAGCAGGUCGCCCUAUAUUUCCGGGGGCACAAAGAGGUGAACGGUUCAUCGACCCACUUCCCGGGCUCGAGCCUACCGGGGCCGCCUUUGUUCACUACGGUCACACAACUGGAGCCACAUAACUUGGAGAUGAGCACAGUAGCCUGCACGCCGGAGAGGCAGGCCAUCGUGGGACUGGCCCAGCCCACCCCGAAGUACCCUCACGAGGUCGGCGGCACACCCAUGUAUCUCUAUGAGGUUGCUACUGAGUCGGUGUGUGAGUCAGCCGCGCGCCUGCUGUUCAUGAGCAUCAAGUGGGCCAAGAGCGUGCCCGCCUUCUCCACGCUCCCCUUACCUGACCAGCUAAUCCUCCUGGAGGAAGCCUGGAGAGAACUGUUUGUUCUGGGCAUAGCGCAGUGGGCCAUUCCGGUGGACUCCAAAACCCUGCUCGCUGUUUCCGGUAUGAAUACAGACAACACAGAGUCCCAGCGGAUGAAUAAAAUAAUCUCCGAAAUACAAACCCUGCAAGAGGUCGUUACCUGGUUCAGACAGCUGCGCCUGGACGCAACUGAGUUCGCCUGUUUGAAGUGCAUCGUCACGUUUAAAGCUGUGCCAACGCAUGACGGGUCGGAGUUGAGGAGUUUCCGCAACGCCAGUGCCAUUGCUGCACUCCAGGAUGAGGCACAGCUCACCCUAAACAGUUACAUACACACCAGAUAUCCAACUCAGCCCUGCCGCUUUGGGAAGCUGCUCCUACUUCUACCAGCUCUGCGGUCAGUCAGCCCAUCCACCAUAGAAGAAGUAUUUUUCAAGAAGACCAUUGGGAACGUGCCCAUCACAAGGCUCCUCGCUGACAUGUACAAAUCAAGCGAUAUAUGAGUUUAUUUCCGCCAUAUCAACAUUACGCUCACUAGCCAAGAGUGUCUGUUAAGGCUCAUAGACACAAACAUUCUAAUGAGCACGUGACAAAUUGAACUUGAAGAACAUAAAAACCUUGAUUUUACCAAUCUUUGGGUUAGGCUUACGUUUUGAGGAUGUAUACUGAACAGAAAUAUAAACAGAACAUGUAAAGCAUUGGUCCCAUGUUUCAUGAGCUGAAAUAAAAGACCCCAGAUUUUUUCCUUACGCUCAAAAAGCUUAUUUCUCUCAA